AUGCAGGUGAGCCCAUACUACUCAAUCAAAUACAUGCCCAAUGAACCUCACAGAACAGGGAAGGAUCACGACCAUCAAGUGAAACAAAAAACAGGUAAUGAUGAGGGUUGUCCUCAGUAAAUAAUGAAAACAGAACAAAAUGUAGACUACUGUGAUACAGACUGGCAUAGGAUUGGUGUUCUAAAGGACUCUACUCUAAUUAUCUCAUCUAUGUAUGCUAUAGAAUAUAAUAUAAUAAAAUGCUCUAAUUCUGUUCUCUGUAUGUGUUGGAUGAUUGAUUUUCAGGCUCUGCAAGUCAGGAAAUACCAGGAAGUCAUGGUAGCAGUACCAUGCAAAGGAGACUGUCCAAAGCUGAGAGAGAGAUCCAGGCCCUCAAGACCCAGAUCACCUUUGAGAGGGCAACAUGGGAGAGGAAGUUUGUGGAACUGCAGAAAAAACAACAGGACCUACGUUAUCAGGUGUGUGUGUGUGUGUGCAUGUAUGUGUGCGCGCGUGUAUGAAUAUGUGUGUUUCAUAAUUUAGUCAUAAUAAUAAUUCAAUGACAACUUUGUUUUAUUUUGAUCAGCUGAUCUCUGCGACUGUAGCCAGGCCUGGAAGCUUACUUCAGGUGGGCAGCUUUGAGGACCUUGGCGAGUCAGAGGUGGAGAACAGGCAUCCUUACGAUGAAAAGGACCAGGACAGCUCAAGUAAAUCACAUAAUCAACAGUGCUUGAUUUGCUGUAAUAUGGGAUUUAAAAGGACAAUGCACUCCAACAUAAAAGUUUGUCAGAUGUUUCCAUACCUCAAAAGUAGACUAGUGUUGAGAUAGGUCCACGUCACAAGCCAUUUGUUGCGUAGAUCAAGCUAUAUGCUUAAAUCCCAAAUGAAUGGAAAAGAUAAGCGUUUUCCUACUUCCAGAUUUUAUUCAGUGCUGAUCUUCUCCAUUCAUUUGGGGUUAAGGUAUAUAGCUAGAUAUACACAACCAAAGUCUUGGAGCAUGUAUUCAUCUUACCAUUGGACUAGUUUUGAGGUCUGAAAACAUUGGACAAAUGUUUAUUCUGAAGUGUAAUCUCCCUUUAAUAUCUAUGUUUUCAAUAGGAAAGAAUAAUUUUAUCCAUGACUUAAAAUAACAGGCAGCUUGAGCCAUUCCAACCGAAGCAGAGGGUCUGAGAGGACGUCAUCAACAGGUGACACAUGCCAAAGCAGCUUGUCUGGCAGCCAAGUCUCAUUGAACUCAGCAUUUGGCUCCAGACCCAUUUCUGCUCUGUCUACAGCCACCAGGUAGAGCCAUUUCUCUUCACCUGCUCCUAGCUGUGUCAAAAGGCCAUUAAACUUAAAAAUCUAUGUUUGGCACUUGUUUUCAGACCUCAAAAUUGGUCCAUGGAAAGCACCAUGUAAUUUUAAUAUUUACAGUGCUUAUCUUUUCCAUUAAUUUAGAGUUGAGGCAUAUAGCUGGAUCUACACAAACAAUGACUACUUUUGAGGUCUGAAAUGCUGUGUCUAAACAGGCAUCCCAAUUCUGAUAUUUUUUCCACUAAUUGGUAUUUUGACCAAAGACAUGAGAUCUUUUUCAGAGCUGAUCUGAUUGGUCAAAAGACCAAUUAGUGAAACAAAGAUCAGAAUUGGGCUGCCUGUGUAAACAUAGUCAAACAGACCUGGGUUAAAAUACAUGUGCAGUUAAGUAUUUGUAAUUUAAAUAUUUAUUUUCUCUGUAUUUGAGUAUUUUAAAAUAAUGUGGCAAAAAUCAACCACUUCUAUUUGAAGUAUUUGAAAGUAUUUUUUAAUCCUAGAAAUAGCCUACUAUUUGAAACAAUUUUCAAAUAUUUGUUUCUAAAUAGAUUAUUUCAAACACCCCUAGAACCAAACAGACCUGGGUUCAAAUGCGUAUUUAAAGUAUUUGUAUUUGAAAGUACACUGUCUGUGUAUUUGAGUAUUUUCAAAUGCAUUCCAAUAUCCAAAUAAAAAAAUAUCAACAUCCUUACUUCAAAAUGUCUUUGAAAGUAAUUGAGGAAAACCCUAAAUAGUAUUUUGAACCCAGGUCUGGUCUGAAAAACUUUGAUUUUAGAGGGUAAUGUCCCUUUAAAUCCUAUUCAUUUUAAGUCAUCUAAAAAGAGCAAACCUUCCGUCCCCCCAGUGGGAACUCCUGGAGGAGCUACACCGGUCCACACCGGGUCUUUGUACCUCACUCCCCCCUGGACCUGCAGACGGGACACCGGGUUCGAGUCCUAUUGCCCUCGGGUCGGAUCAGCACAGGCACGGUUCGUUACCUGGGCCAUCUGGAGGGGGAGCCAGACUUCCAUAUGGGAGUGGAGCUGGAAUCACCUGAACACGGGCAGCAAGAUGGCACACAAAGUGGACAGUGCUACUUUGAAUGGUAAGUGCUCUCUUCAUUUACCAAUAACUUGUAGUCUUGAAUCAGUUAUUCUGUAAAUAAGUUUCAUCCCUGAAUUGUAACAUUGGUAGAGUUGCUAGAUAUCUGCUGUGGAGUAUAAAGAUGUAUCUAUAUUUUGGAGCUAACAGGAAAAGGUUCAACAGUGCUUUUAGUUAUAACUGAAAAGGGUUUGUUUACUUUAAAUAAGUUAUCCACUGAAUCCUGUCGUUAUAAGGGUGUUGUCAGUCAAUCAACAAAGGGUUGUUUACCGUAGUAGUGCCUCCAGGCCCCUCACACACACAAGUAACAAUUAUGAAUUUGAAACAAUUGUUUAUUUUUCUAAAUGACAUUGUGGACAAGGAUGGAAAGUUGUUUGAUUUUGGAACAGUGUGUAGAACCUAUGGGGAUAUUUGUACAAAUCAUAUAUGUAUGCUCAAUUGCUGUCUGCUACAAUGAGGGAAAAAAGUAUUUGAUCCCCUGCUGAUUUUGUACGUUUGCCCACUGACAAAGAAAUGAUCAGUCUAUAAUUUUAAUGGUAGGAUUAUUUGAACAGUGAGAGACAGAAUAACAACAAAAAAAUCCAGAAAAACACAUGUAAAAAAUGUUAGAAAUUGAUUUGCAUUUUAAUGAGGGAAAUAAGUAUUUGACCCCCUCUCAAUCAGAAAGAUUUCUGGCUCCCAGAUGUCUUUUAUACAGGUAACGAGCUGAGAUUAGGAGCACACUCUUAAAGGGAGUGCUCCUAAUCUCAGCUUGUUACCUGUAUAAAAGACACCUGUUCACAGAAGCAAUCAAUCAAUCAGAUUCCAAACUCUCCACCAUGGCCAAGACCAAAGAGCUCUCCAAGGAUGUCAGGGACAAGAUUGUAGACCUACACAAGGCUGGAAUGGGCUACAAGACCAUCGCCAAGCAGCUUGGUGAGAAGGUGACAACAGUUGGUGCGAUUAUUCGCAAAUGGAAGAAACACAAAAUAACUGUCAAUCUCCCUCGGCCUGGGGCUCCAUGCAAGAUCUCACCUCGUGGAGUUGCAAUGAUCAUGAGAACGGUGAGGAAUCAGCCCAGAACUACACGGGAUGAUCUUGUCAAUGAUCUCAAGGCAGCUGGGACCAUAGUCACCAAGAAAACAAUUGGUAACACACUACACCGUGAUGGACUGAAAUCCUGCAGCACCCGCAAGGUCCCCCUGCUCAAGAAAGCACAUAUACAUGCCCGUCUGAAGUUUGCCAAUGAACAUCUGAAUGAUUCAGAGGAGAACUGGGUGAAAGUGUUGUGGUCAAAUGAGACCAAAAUCGAGCUCUUUGGCAUCAACUCAACUCGCCGUGUUUGGAGGAGGGGGAAUGCUGCCUAUGACCCCAAGAACACCAUCCCCACCGUCAAACAUGGAGGUGGAAACAUUAUGCUUUGGGGGUGUUUUUCUGCUAAGGGGACAGGACAACUUCACCGCAUCAAAAGGACGAUGGACGGGGCCAUGUACUGUCAAAUCUUGGGUGAGAACCUCCUUCCCUCAGCCAGGGCAUUGAAAAUGGGUCGAGGAUGGGUAUUCCAGCAUGACAAUGUCCCAAAACACACGGCCAAGGCAACAAAGGAGUGGCUCAAGAAGAAGCACAUUAAGGUCCUGGAGUGGCCUAGCCAGUCUCCAGACCUUAAUCCCAUAGAAAAUCUGUGGAGGGAGCUGAAGGUUUGAGUUGCCAAACGUCAGCCUCAAAACCUUAAUGACUUGGAGAAGAUCUGCAAAGAGGAGUGGGACAAAAUCCCUCCUGGGAUGUGUGCAAACCUGGUGGCCAAUUACAAGAAACGUCUGACCUCUGUGAUUGCCAACAAGGGUUUUGCCACCAAGUACUAAGUCAUGUUUUGCAGAGGGGUCAAAUACUUAUUUCCCUCAUUAAAAUGCAAAUCAAUUUAUAACAUUUUUUACAUGCGUUUUUCUGGAUUUUUUUGUUGAUAUUCUGUCUCUCACUGUUCAAAUAAACCUACCAUUAAAAUUAUAGACUGAUCAUUUCUUUGUCAGUGGGCAAAUUUACAAUAUCAGCAGGGGAUCAACUAGUUUUUUCCCUCACUGUAUAUCCCCCACAUGGAAAGCUAAGAUUAAGAAAGUAAAACAUAAUUUAACUGUAUGCCAUCCUACUAUAAAAAAACACAAAUGGAUACAAAAAGCUAAAAUCAACUCUGAAAUAUACCAAUUAACUUUGAAUUUCCACCACCUAUCUGCAAUUCCUUACAAAUUUCAAACGUAUUGGGAAGAUGUCUUUGACAACCCAAUACCAUGCAAGCAGGUCUUCAAUUUCACAUACAAAACAUCAAUAGAUACUCAAGAGCCUUUUAGUUAGGGAUUCUCUGGUAUUUUUGUAUACUUGUUAGCCAGUAGUUCUGAAGGUAGCGCCCACAAGCAAAAAGUGCAUUUAUGUGCACCAUGUCCUUGCUCUCUCUCUCGCUCUGCUGUGUGUGAUUCUUGCUAGCUGUUAACAAAGAAAAUGCUUUCCAUUUGGGGUAUUGAGCAAGACUCUAAUGAAGAUUCUGUAAUGAAGAGGAGGAGGACAUAAUGCACCUGUUUUGGUAACUGUCUGACAGUGAGCUCAUUUUAGCUACAGGUUCAAGGCUGGCUUUUCCAUCACUCCAUCAAACUAUGUAUUAAUCCCCAACUCAUCAUCUUGGGCAACCUCAAUGUCCAUUUGCCCUCAAUUAAGAACAAAAUACUUCUGCUAGGGAAAAUAUUCAUAUUCACAAAGUUCUACAUCUCUAACACCCAACCUGUUUAAACAAUUCAUUAGCAAUGACCAAAGGACAGAGCAUUCCAGGUGCAAAGCUCAAGAAUCUCAAAUAUAAAAAAUAUUUUGAUUUGUUUAACACUUUUUGGUUACUACAUUAUUCCAUAUGUGUUGUUUCAUAGUUUGAUGUCUUCACUAUUAUUAUACAUUGUAGAAAAUAGUAAAAAUAAAGAAAACCCCUGGAAUGAGUAGGUGUGUCCAAACUUUUGACUGGUACUGUAUAUUAUUUGGGUAGCCAGGCAAUAUUUACUUGAGUAAGUCCACAACAUUGUUAUUGAACAAUAUAAAUGAAAAUUAACAUAUGUUACUAUAAGGGCAAAAUGAUCCAUAUGCCAUGGAGUGUAAGAAAACAACGUUUUUCCUUAUUUAUUUUUGUAUUAGGCUACUAAACCAUGGCAUUGCUGAUAACUGUCUUGUCCAAAUGUGUUGUAUCGUGUGUGUUUGUCGGUUUGAGUAUCGUCAUGUACUGCACAUAGUCCUCCGUUUUUAUGGUUGUCUUGUCACUGUCAUUACCGACUUGUUUGUAUUUUGUUUAAGAAAAAAGAAUAAUAACAAAUAUGGUUCCGUGUUCAAGACACACUUCAACAUGUGCUGCUGACAUUUUCAUUGUUUGACUGAACAUGCAAAUAUCAACCUGAAAGCAAACGUGAGUAGCUUGAUUUGUUGUAUGAGGGCCAGAGUGUUUGUCAAAAGAGGAGAACAAAAUGCUAAGAAUUGCUAUAUACAGUAGUAUAUACUGUAUACAGUGGUAUAUGUGGGAUGAGCACUAACACUGUUUUCUUUGUUUCUGUGUUCAGAAAUAAAAUAACACUCUUGUAGCAUCAAAUAGUAAUGGCUUAUUAUGAAUUUCGAUAAAAGUACACUAUAUAUACAAAUGUAUGUGGACAGCCCUUCAAAUUAGUAGAUUCAGCUAUUUCAGCCACACCCGUUGCUGAGAGUUGUAUAAAAUCGAGCACACAGCCAUACAAUCUCCAUAGACAAACAUUGGCAGUAGAAUGGCCUUACUGAAGAGCUCAGUGACUUUCAACGUGGCACCGUCAUAGGAUGCCACCUUUGCAACAAGUCAGUUCGUCAAAUUUCUGCCCUGCUAGAGCUGCCACGGUCAACUGUAAGUGCUGUUAUUGUGAAGUGGAAACGUCUAUGAACAACAGCGGCUCAGCCGCCAAGUGGUAGGCCACACAAGCUCACAGAACAGGACCGGCGAGUGCUGAAGUGCGUAAAAAUUGUCUGUCCUCGGUUGCAACACUCACGACCAAAUUCCAAACUGCCUCUGGAAGCAACAUCAGCACAAGAACUGUUCGUCUGGAGCUUCAUGAAAUUGGUUUCCAUGGCCGAGCAGCCGCACAUGCCUAAGAUCACCAUGCGCAAUGCCAAGUGUAGGCUGGAGUGGUGUAAAACUCGCUGCCAUUGGACUCUGGAGCAGUGGAAAUGCGUUCUCUGGAGUGAUGAAUCACGCCGGGUUUGGCGGAUGCCAGGAGAACGCUACCUGCCCCAGUGCAUAGUGCCAACUGUAAAGUUUGGUGGAGGAGGAAUAAUGGUCUGUGGCUGUUUUUCAUGGAUCGGGCUAGGCCCCUUAGUUCCAGUGAAGGGAAAACGUAAUGCUACAGCAUACAAUGACAUUCUAGACGAUUCUGGACUUUGUGGCAACAGUUUGGGGAAGGACCUUUCCUGUUUCAGCAUGACAAUGCCCCCGUGCACAAAGCGAGGUCCAUACAGAAAUGGUUUGUUGAGAUCAAUGUGGAAGAACUUGACUGGCCUGCACAGAGCCCUGACCUCAACCCCAUUGAACACCUUUGGGAUGAAUUGGAACGGUGACUACGAGCCAGGCCUAAUCGCCCAACAUCAGUGCCCAACCUGAAUGGAAGCAAGUCCCCACAGCAAUGUUCCAACAUCUAGUGAAAAGCCUUCCCAUAAGAGUGGAAGCUGUUAUAGCAGCAAAGAGGGUACCAACUCCAUAUUAAUGCCCAUGAUUUUGGAAUAAGAUGUUUAACGAGCAGGUGCCCACAUACUUUUGGUCAUGUAGUGUAUGUAUUUUCUUUAUCGGGAAAGAUUAUAUUUAGUAGGGAUAUUUUUAUAACAGUGUGUUGUAUUACUCAAUGGUCUGCCUAGUUUUUACUCUAAGCUAUUGCAAUUUAACUGCCAUGUGGUGACUGUCUGUUUCCCUUCCCUUGCAGCAAGCCUGGCCAUGGUGCCUUUGUCCCAUUCACCAAGCUGCUGAUGGCCUGGGAGUGAUGACAUCACAGUCUCUCUGGUGGAGGGUCACAUUUGGAUGGAUCAUAUGGACUUUGUGGCAUCAAUCACGAAUGGUCUCUGAAAGCAAACUUACAUGCACAAGUUUACUGUGAAUGUGGUACCCCUGAUGUAGCUACUGUACAACCAACAUGCUUCAAAGAUCAUAGAACUGUCAACUAUUGACCCUGUAUUAAAGACCAAAAUUGGCUAAAGAAAAAGGGGAGAACAAAAUGCUAAGAAAUGCUAUAUACAGUAGUAUAUACUGUACAUGUACAGUGGUAUAUGUGGGAUGAGCACUAACACUGUUUUCUUUGUGUUCAGAAAUAAAAUAGCACUCUAGUAGCAUCAAAUAAUAAUGGCUUGUUAUGCAUUUCG